AUGGCUACCUACAGUUGUGAAACUGGGUUUGCACUGGUUGGUAACAGCUCAAGGACUUGCACCGGAGAUGGGAUGAGUGUUAAUGGUGGCUUUAAUGGAACAGCUCCAACUUGUGACCCUAUAACCUGCCCUGCUGUUGCAGUGCCUAGUAGUGGAAGUAUUGACUUUGGUGGAGCCUCAUCUGAUGGAAACAGCAACUAUGCUUUUGAUGUGGUAGCUAAUUACAAUUGUGAUAAUGGAUUUUCUCUGGUUGGUAAUAGCUCGAGAACGUGUACUGGAGAUGGCAGUAGCACUACUGGUGCUUUUGAUGGAGCAGCUCCAUCUUGUGAACCCAUAACUUGCCCUGGAGUGCUCAUACCAAACAACGGCAAUAUUGAAUUUGGUGGCGCCUCACUUGAUGAAAAUGGCACAUAUAUUUUUGCUGUGGUGGCUACCUACAGUUGUGACACUGGGUUUUAUCUGGUUGGUAACGACUCACGGACUUGCACUGGAGAUGGCAGCAGUAUUAUUGGUACUUUUGAUGGGUCGGCUUCAACUUGUCAGCCUAUCACCUGCCCUCUGUUGACUAUUCCUUCUAAUGGUGCUGUGACAUACAAUUCUACUGCUGAUGAAAACGGCAACUAUGAUUUUUAUGUGAUGGCUACCUACAAUUGUGACACUGGCUUUUUUCUUGUUGGUGACAACUCAACAACUUGCACUGGAAAUGGCAGUAGCAUUACUGGUGCCUUUGAUGGCCUAGUUCCAAUAUGUGAAUCUAUAACAUGCCCAUCACUUUCCAAUCCAACCAACGGCUCUCUGUCUUAUUCGAAUGUGCCUGGUCAAAAAAGCAGCUAUGCUUUCAAUGUAACAGCUACUUACAGCUGCAACUCUGGGUUUGCUCUGGUUGGUAACAAGACAAGGAAUUGCUCUGGAGAUGGUAGUAGUACUACUGGCUAUUUUGAUGCGUCUGCUCCAACUUGCAAAGCAAUAACAUGUUCUCCGAUUGCUGACCCAAUUAAUGGGACUGUAAUCUAUUCUUCUGACGUUGAUGGUUUGGGAAAUUAUGUCUUCAAUGUGACGGCUAACCACAGUUGUGACACUGGCUUUGAUCUGGUUGGUAACAAUCCAAGGACUUGCAGUGGAGAUGGAAGUAGCAUUACCGGUGCAUUUGAUGGAGAGGAUCUGAAAUGUGAAGUUUUAGUUGCCUCUUCUGCAUCACUUAUCCUCGAUGUUGUCAUACCUGUUGUGAGUGUGGUGGCUGUACUAGCUCUAGUUGUACUGGGUGGAGCUGUCUAUGGAUAUAUUCAAGUGAUAAACCAUCUGUUGAAGUUAAAAAAGCCUGAAACUAGGACUGCUAAACUGUUGUAAUCUUUAAUUGUUUUCAGUCUGUGCAAAACUAAUAAUUAUCACUGUCAACAGUACGUCAUUUAUAUUUAAGUAGAUAGAGGUAUGAACACUAACUUAUCGUUUAAUUUGUGAUUCUAUUCUUAUAAAGAAUAAUGCUCUAUACCAAUGAGCUCAAUUUUAUGUUGGU